GAUGAUUAUUUUAAUUCAUUCAUUCUGGCUAUUUGAUUCUGUAUGACUAAAAGUUGGAAUAGACAAAGGCAGCUGAGCUGCAAAGUCUAACAAGGCAGAGAUAUGUGGCCAUGUGAAGUGGUAAAAGUACGUCCAGGGAAGAAAAUGGUCAGGAGCAAAAUCCAAACAGAGGUGGAAGGUAGCAUUUGGAAUUGUUUCUUUAAGGAUAAUAAAAGGCUGGGUGCGUUGUGUGUUGGCUUGUCACCAAGGGCUGCUGCUAUUCUUUUGGAGUCCUUUUAGUGGGGGAUUUGGUUGGACCUUCCCAUUAUAUUUGGCUUUGAACAUUAUCAUUUUUCAUUUGUGGACAGACAAAGCUUGAACACUGUGAACACAACUCGAACUUUGAUGUUUCUAUCAAUGAAAACCUUUUUAUGGAGAGGAGAGAAAAGAAGAAAAAUCUACCAAAGCCAAGCCCCACUUUCUCUUGUACAUGCUCUGUUUUGUCUUGAAGCUUUUGGAUGGAAAUGGCAUGGAAGGUGAAUGUUAAGAUAUUAGAUUGGAUCUGUGGUUGUUGGGGGGUGAAAUCUGAAAGAAGCAUAUAUCCUAAAGCUAAAGACAGGUAUCUCAUUACCCCCAAAAAAAAGAAAAAGGAAAAUCUAAU